CAUCAUAGCCUAUCACAGGAUCCAAGCUGCUGCACACGCACACAGCCUGUUUUCUUGAGCUAACAUGGCAGCUCUGCUGACUGCAGAUUGAGAGAAUAGUGUGGUAGACUUUCAGUGCAGCAUACUUUCAGUGCAGCAAAUUCUCAUGGAUAUGCCUGCUGACCCAUACUUACCUUACGAUGGUGGCGGUGGCAACUGCAUUCCUAUGCAAGAAAUGCCCAGGAAAGGAGCCAACUAUACAAUGACGAAUGGGGGUGGUAUAAACAGCACAACGCAUUUAUUGGACCUUUUGGACGAACCAAUACCUGGCGUUGGAACAUAUGAUGAUUUCCACACCAUUGACUGGGUGCGGGAGAAGUGUAAAGACCGUGAAAGGCACAGAAAGAUUACUAGCAGGAAGAAAGAUUCUGUAUGGGAGUUCGUAAAAAGCUUAUAUGAUGCUUGGUCUGGAUGGCUGGUUGUAACUCUGACUGGUCUGGCAUCAGGUGCCUUGGCUGGUUUAAUAGAUAUUGCUGCUGACUGGAUGACUGAUUUAAAGGAGGGCAUUUGUCUGAGCGCAUUGUGGUUUAACCAUGAACAGUGCUGCUGGGGAUCGAGUGAGACAACGUUUGAAGCAAGAAACAAAUGUCCUCAGUGGAAAACAUGGGCCGAAUUAAUAAUUGGACAAGCGGAUGGUCCAGGUUCUUAUAUAAUGAACUACAUUAUGUACAUCCUUUGGGCCUUGGGAUUUGGCUUCCUGGCUGUUUCCUUAGUGAAGGUGUUUGCUCCAUAUGCCUGCGGCUCUGGGAUUCCAGAGAUUAAAACUAUUCUUAGUGGCUUCAUCAUCCGGGGCUACCUAGGCAAAUGGACGUUGCUAAUUAAAACAAUCACUCUGGUUUUAGCUGUGGCUUCUGGACUCAGCCUGGGGAAAGAGGGUCCUCUUGUACAUGUUGCCUGUUGCUGUGGAAAUAUAUUUUCUUAUUUAUUCCCAAAAUACAACAAAAAUGAAGCAAAGAAGCGAGAGGUGUUGUCUGCAGCGUCAGCAGCUGGAGUCUCUGUGGCUUUUGGUGCUCCAAUUGGCGGUGUCCUUUUUAGCUUGGAAGAGGUUAGCUACUACUUUCCCUUGAAAACCCUGUGGAGGUCAUUUUUUGCUGCAUUAGUGGCAGCCUUCAUCUUGCGCUCCAUUAAUCCGUUUGGAAACAGCCGUUUGGUCCUCUUUUAUGUGGAGUACCACACACCCUGGUAUUUAUUUGAACUGAUCCCUUUCAUCCUGCUGGGCGUGUUUGGAGGACUGUGGGGAGCUUUCUUCAUCCGUGCUAACAUUGCGUGGUGUAGGCGACGGAAAACCACUAAGUUUGGCAAGUUUCCCGUCCUAGAAGUCAUUAUAGUGACCGUCAUCACCGCAGUGAUCGCUUUUCCCAACCAGUACACAAGGAAGAACACUAGCGAGUUGAUUAAAGAGCUUUUCACUGACUGUGGGCCACUCGAAUCUUCACCACUUUGUGACUACCAGACUGAUGCAAACGUCAGUAAGCUGUUGGAUGAUAUUCCAGAUCGACCCGCAGGCCAAGGAGUUUACGAUGCCAUUGGUAAACUGGCCCUGGCACUAAUAUUCAAAAUUAUUAUGACCAUUUUCACAUUUGGAAUUAAGGUACCUUCAGGUCUCUUCAUUCCAAGCAUGGCAAUUGGUGCCAUUGCUGGCAGGAUAGUGGGAAUUGCAGUGGAACAAAUGGCCUAUCAUCACCAUGACUGGUUCAUAUUUAACCAGUGGUGUAAUGUUGGAGCCGACUGUGUUACACCUGGCCUGUAUGCAAUGGUUGGUGCUGCAGCAUGUUUGGGCGGUGUGACCCGGAUGACUGUUUCCCUGGUGGUAAUUGUGUUUGAAUUAACCGGUGGGCUGGAGUACAUCGUUCCCCUCAUGGCAGCUGUGAUGACAAGCAAGUGGGUGGGAGACGCGUUUGGCAGAGAGGGCAUUUACGAAUCGCACAUCCGCUUGAAUGGGUAUCCAUUCCUGGACGCUAAAGAAGAGUUCACCCAUACAACGCUGGCAGCGGACGUGAUGCGUCCUCGGAGCAAUGAAGCACCUCUCUCGGUCCUGACACAGGACGAUAUGACAGUAGAAGACCUAGAAAUGACGAUUAAUGAAUCAACGUAUAAUGGUUUUCCUGUCAUUGUUUCAAAAGAGUCGCAAAGAUUGGUUGGAUUUGCACUCCGAAGGGAUAUAACUAUUGCAUUAGAAAAUUCUAGAAGAAAGCAAGAAGGCAUUGUCAGCAGUUCCAGGGUUCACUUUACCCAGCACGCUCCGACACUUCCAGCAGACAGCCCACGCCCAUUGAAGCUGCGAAGCAUUCUUGAUAUGAGCCCAUUCACGGUCACAGACCAUACGCCUAUGGAGAUUGUAGUGGACAUCUUCCGCAAGCUGGGCCUGAGGCAGUGCCUUGUAACGCACAAUGGGAAUAUCUUGGGGAUCAUCACAAAGAAGAACAUAUUAGAACACCUCGAGCAACUAAAACAACACGUCGAACCUUUGGCGUCUCCUUGGCAUCAUAACAAAGAAGGACAUCCUUCGUCAUAUGGCUCAAAUGGCAGAUCAAGACCCAGAGUCGAUCAUGUUCAACUGAACACCGUGUUGGAGGAUCGCGAGGAGAGUGAGGAGGAAGUCCACCUGUUAAAGAGCACAGAGAUCUGACCGCUCCAAAGAUUCCAGCUCAACGGCACCACAGAGAGGGAAGGCAACACAUCUUACUGCAGUUUUCAGUUAGCACUGGUCUGCUUUGGAGUGGGAGUUUUAUCAGCAGAGGCCCAAGUCAGUAUUAAACCUGAUACUACAAGCCCGCUAUACAAGUAAAACUAUGCCGAGAAAUGUCCACUUUUAAGACUUUUGUUGUUGUUGAGGUAUGCUAUUAACAGAUAAGACAACAAUGUUGGAAAACAAAAUCAGAUGUUAAUGGUCCUCCUGCCAUGUUUAAACCACUAUACUCAGUCAUUAGUUCUUGACGACUCCUGGGUUGAACCGAAACAAACAUCCUACGUCUUCACAUAGAAUACAGUCCAUUUCAGAGAUAUCGACACUGGUGUCUUGUUGCCAGGGUUGGGGGGAGGGGGGGGGGGGGGGGUGAGGGAGGGGGGGAGAGAGGGGUAGGGGGAAGGAAGCAGGAUGCUUAAUUUAAAAUGAGCUGUGCUCAAUUCCCUGAAUGCUUGACCACUUUUCCCACCCCGGAAAGUUGAAGAAAAACGGGGACCUGACUUUGUGUGGAAGUCUCGGCCACCGAAGUAGACAGUUGAGGUGAAGCGAAUCAAGUUGAAGCAAACACCAAGUGAAAUGUCCCUGCCUGCAGCAUACUGGGUUGGAACAACCACAAGAUCUGAGAGGCCUGCAUCAAAAUCCAAAGUGUUUAAAGAAAGUACUUUCCUGAGUUGGACUGGGGCCUUGGCAAUAUGUGGAACCUUUUAUCCGUCCUGCAUUUUACUUUAAUUUAAUAACCUUUUAAUGAAGCUAUGAGGAUCUAUUACUGCAGGAUAACAAGCUUUUAUGUGCAUCGAUUCCGCCCCUCUUCCUUUUACCACAAGAUUUACCAGUAAUCUCUGGAUUGUGUUUGCGUAGUCAACAAUAUUGCAGAUACAGUACAACACAGAUAAUUGCUUGUGUAUCUCAUCUGAACGUUUAAUAUUUUCCGCACAAUCAUUGUAAUUUUUCUAACUGGAACCUUGCAUGUGGUUUUAUUUCAGUGAACUAUUGUGCAUUCCAUAUUCAGGUGAUUUUCUCUUCUUACUGGUGGCAUCAGGUGGUCACAUCUUGUGACUGACUAUUCAUCCGUUUGUUUGUUGCACUUUGAAUUUGCAUCAUUAUUCAUAGAGCGUUCAUAGAGAAAAGUUUACAGAAUAAUGUAUAUUAACUAAAUUAACUAAAUGAAACCACAGUAAAACUGGCAUAAUUCAUACAUAAUUUGUAUACUUCACACGAUAUUACCUGUGGUUAUUUUAAAGAAAGUUUGGACUAAUAUAUAAACUUUUGUAAAACAGAUGUUGCUUUCUGUUUUAAAUGACUUGAAGAUUGCACUAAAUUUCUCACUGUUAUAAAGGUGAUCCAGCGUUUUUGCACAGAAUGGACAAGGUUUUGUGUUCCUUUUAUUCUGUCAAGUUGCUGGUUAGGGACUAAAACCCUGUGAGACGUUUCAAUGGACCUCAAGCUCGCUUGAGUAAAAGUACUCAGUGUGAACCACUUGAAAGCGAUUAAGCAUUAUCAGUUAAUUGCUUCCUUGCAGUCUUUGUACAUCCUCAAACCCGUAAUUUAGGAAAUAUGCCCAAGAUAUCAAAAUCAGAAUGGGCAGUAGAAUAAUUAAAAGUCAUUUAAAAAAUCUACAAGUAACAACAUCAUAGCAGAAUUCAACAUCUCAGAGAGCAUCUGCAGUUAAAAGAUAUCUCGGACAGCUUAUGCAGCUAAAGUCCAAGCAUUUAGAGCAAGUGUUCAGUUCAACGUGUUAAAUAACUGAAGUAAUAUUGCAAAUACAGGCACCUUGCGUUUUACCCAGGGGUUAUGUGCUUGAAAAACCACGCAGAAUACAAAGACGAGCGAAUUAAACACAUACACAACCACGCUGCUAGCAGUAAAUUUGAGCGUGUUAUUCGAAAAUAGAAGCCCAUAAAUUAAGCUUAGGUAUUGAAUGAGCAAGCGCGACAUUUCAAAAAUGCAUGCAUCAAACGCACGUGAAACGCGAGAUGCCUGUGCUGGAAAUAAUAAAUGUGAAGUUCCAGAGGUAGAGAGCAGGCAAAUCACCAGGUACAAAGGAUGAAGACAGAUUGACUAGGUUUUUUUCAGGGUAAAAAUCACUGCCAAAUGAGGUUUGGAUGUCUUCCCUGGAAACAAUUAGCCUCCCCCCCCCCCCCCCCUUCCCGUUCACAUGGUUAUAGAUCUUAACUAGAGUGUACAGAACCAAAACAGGUCAUUACCCCAGUAAUAUUGACAUGAACUAUUCAUUUUUUGUAAUGGUGUGGCUUCUUCUUUAGGGGUGUUUUCUGGUAUUUCCCUCAACGGCUUCCCACGUUGUAAGUUCCACAACUCUCGCCACUCUUUGGGUAAAGAAUGUCCUUUGGUUAAUCGCUGGCAAUUUUUGCUUUUACACAGCAAAUGUGGGGUCUUGGCCCCCAAGAGGAAUUUCCUCCAGCCACUUUACACGUACCAGAUAAAGCAGAAAGUUUGAAGGAAAGAUCCUUUCGGGGUGGUGCCUGUGCCCAGUUAUUACCUGUCGCCCUGCUUUUGGUUAACAAAGAAUGCUUCAUCUUUGUUAACCUGCAAUGUUGCCUAGAAUUGUAUUUAAUACUGAUCCUCAAUGGUAUUUUUUAAUUUAUAUUUGGUGUAAUAGAAUUUCACAUUCUUAAGGUGAGCUUAAUUAUGGUUACUGUGAAAGUCUGAUUAUAUAUUAUAUUGUAUUAAAUUCUCCGUUAAAACAGUAAA